UUUUGCGGUUGUUGGGGGUGUGGAUUGCAGCUAAUGCAAAACAAUUAACAGUUAAUUAAUUAACAGGCUGAUCUUCAGAAUUUUGAAUUUUUACUCUUCCAUUCGACAUUAUCAUCAGUCUUGUCUUUUUCUUGCCCGACCCGAAUGUGACCCAUUAAUCGGAUCCAAAUACUUCGGCGAAUUUCAGGGCUCUGAACUAUCGCCAUUUGCACGAAUUACCCAAGAAACUCCCAGCGGAAGAAACCCUUGAUGGCUAUUUGGGCACGAUAGGGGGAAAGUAUUCGUGUUCCUGUUCUGGGCAUGUCCACGGUAUGAAAAUUGAAAGAAGACUCCCUAUACUCUUUCGAGAAGCCAUGGAAGCUGCUACACAGAGUGUAUCGCUCAUGCUCUUGUUUAUCAUCACAGCCGUACCUCUUUCCAUCGCCGGAGAAAAUUUCGACGUCCGCCGCCAUCUAUCCACAGUUACUAGAUAUCAAGUCGCUAAGGAUAUUUAUGAAAAUUCAUAUAUUCCUUCAAGAAUUCCUGAUCAGUGUAGGCCUGUCCACUUAAAUCUUGUGGCAAGGCAUGGCACUCGAGCUCCUACCAAGAAAAAGAUGAAAGAACUAGCAGACUUGUCCACUCGCCUGGAAGUCCUUGUAGAAAACACGAAGGAGCAGAGUUUAAACGUGGUUCCUGCAUGGCUACAUGGAUGGAAAUCUCCAUGGACAGGAAAGCAUAAGGGUGGUGAGUUGAUAAGCGCAGGAGAAAAUGAACUGUAUGAACUUGGUAUCAGGACAAGAGAAAGGUUUCCAGAAUUGUUUAAUGAAGAUUACCAUCCUGAUAUCUAUCCAAUUAAAGCCACUCAGAUUUCACGAGCCUCGGCUAGUGCUGUAGCCUUUGGCUUGGGACUCUUCAGCGGUCAUGGAAAUCUUGGUCCAGGACGUAAUCGAGCUUUUGCAGUUACCAGUGAAAGCCGUGCAAGUGACAUAAUGUUGAGAUUCCAUGAUUGCUGUCAAAACUACAAGGCAUUCAGGAAAAGUCAAGAACCAUAUGUGGAUAAGCUCAAGGAACCUGUGCUGGAUGAAAUAACUCGAGCAUUAGUUACACGUUGGGGUCUGAAUUUCACUCGACGAGAUGUUUCAUCCCUGUGGUUUCUGUGCAAACAGGAAGCUUCUCUAUUGAACACAACAGAUCAAGCCUGUGCUCUGUUCACUCCAGAUGAGGUUCGUUUGCUGGAGUGGACAGAUGACCUGGAGGUCUUUGUACUGAAAGGCUAUGGUAAUUCAUUGAAUUACCGUAUGGGAGUUCCUUUACUUGAAGAUGUAAUCCGGUCAAUGGAGCAAGCUAUUAAGGAUACUGAAGAUGGACACGUUCAUGGGAGCUACGAAUUGGCCAGAUUAAGGUUCGCCCAUGCAGAAACACUGCUUCCGUUUUCAUGUUUGAUCGGACUAUUUCUUGAUGGAACCGAGUUUGCACAAAUACUAAGUGAACAACCUCUGAACCUACCCGUCAAACCACCCCAAAAGAGAAUCUGGCGUGGCAGCACAGUGGCACCAUUUGCCGGAAAUAACAUGCUCGUUCUAUAUAGCUGCCAGGCCAACAACACGAACGAGUACUUUGUGCAAGUACUGCACAACGAACGUCCUGUUCCAAUGGCAGGUUGUCGAAAUUCUGACUUUUGCCCUUUCGAGGUGUUCAAGGAAAAAAUUGCUGCUCCCCAUUUGAAGCACAACUACGAGUCUCUUUGUAGUUUGGAAACUGAACAGUCGGGUCAAGUAUCCGCAAUUACUAAGUUUUUUCGGAAAAUAGGGUGUUGGAUUUGGGAAAAAUUACGCUCCUAUCCACAUGUAUUUUUAGCUAUGACAAUAAUGGUACGGUAAUUCUUUCCAUUUGCGACCUUGGAACACAGGAUUACAGCGCCAGGACAAAGAAAAUGUUUGUUUUUCUUCUUUUUUGGUACAUUUGUACACACUAUUGUGACGUUUUUAGUUUUUACAAAUAUUUUCAAUUUCAAUUACCACAUAUAGAGUUAUUAUCUUG